AUGUCAGCUGUAUCACGAGGAAAAGGAGGGGUGUUCUUUGUAUAUGGAUACGGAGGAACAGGCUCGGACUUAACCGGACUCCUUAUGAAGACAAAGUUAAUCAUAUGGGAUGAAGCUCCCAUGAUGCAUAAAUACUGCUUUGAAGCUCUAGAUAGGAGUUUAAAGGAUGUUAUGCAGUUUGUGAAUCCUGCAAAUCAAGAUAUCACAUUUGGUGGCAAGGUUGUAGUUUUUGCUGGUGAUUUAAGAAAAAUAUUACCCGUGGUGCCUAAAGGAAGCAGACAAGACAUUGUCUUCUCAGCAAUAAAUAGUUCUUACUUAUGGGACUUUUGCCGAGUACUUAGGCUGACAAAGAACAUGCGCCUCACAACAGGUUCAAUUGGAGGGCCAAAUGAUGGUGAGGCCGAUAUUGAAAUACCCCAUGAAAUGUUGGUAGAUGGGGGACAUGACCCUAUUGCGACAAUAGUAGAAAGCACAUAUCCUGACAUAGCGGAUCACAUUUGGGAACCAAGUUAUUUUCAAGAAAGAGCUAUUCUUGCUCCAACCAAUGAAAUUGCUGAGACGGUUAACGAUCACGUGUUAUCUCAAUUGCCAGGUGAAGAAAGAACUUACUUGAGUUCAGAUGCAAUUUCAGUGGAGGAAGGAAAUUUUGGAAUUCAUGAGAUGUAUUCAACAGAGUUCCUAAAUACAAUUAAAUGCGGAGGAUUACCAAACCAUAGUAUAUGA